AUGGAUUUUGUUUUCUAUGAAGCACAAAGGCAAGGAAGAAUUUCCUUUUAUGCAACUACAAAUGGAGAAGAGGCCAUUAACAUUGCAUCAGCAGCAGCACUCACCAUCGAUGACCUUGUCUUCCCUCAGUACUACAGGGAACUAGGGGUUCUAUCAUGGCGUGGUUUCUCCCUCCAAGAAUUUGCAAACCAAUGUUUGGAAACAAAGAUGAUUAAUGGAAAAGGGAGGCAGAUGCCUAUCCAUUCUGGGUAUAACAAGCACAAUUUCUUCACUGUAGCAGUAACAAUUGCGCAAGUUAUAUACUGUUUAUAUCGUGGUGUUUUCAUGUACAAGGACACAGCCAGAAUUACAAGAUUGGAGGGGCCAAAGUAA